UCCCCGCCCCGCUUCCCCCUCUCCUGGUCCCCUGCAGAGACCUGUUAUGACAAUGGAAGAUACUAUCAGAUAAACCAGCAGUGGGAGCGCAUUUACCUGGGGAACACGCUGGUCUGUACCUGCUACGGUGGGAGCCGAGGGUUUAACUGCGAAAGCAAGCCCGAGCCUGAAGAGACUUGCUUCGACAAAUACACUGGAUCCACUUAUCGAGUAGGGGAGACUUACGAGCGCCCCAAGGACUCCAUGAUCUGGGACUGUACUUGCAUUGGAGCUGGACGUGGGAGAAUCAGCUGCACCAUUGCCAAUCGCUGCCAUGAGGGGGGACAGUCCUACAAGAUCGGCGAUACCUGGCGCCGGCCCCACGAGACUGGCGGCUACAUGCUGGAGUGCGUGUGCCUGGGCAACGGGAAGGGCGAGUGGACCUGCAAGCCUGUGGCGGAACGAUGCUACGACAACACGGCUGGGACGUCCUACGUGGUCUGAGCGUUCUACGUGGCAGGUGAGACCUGGGAGAAACCCUACCAGGGCUGGAUGAUGGUGGACUGCACCUGCCUGGGGGAAGGCAGUGGCCGCAUCACCUGCACCUCCAGAAAUAGGUGCAAUGACCAUGACACCAAGACUUCCUACAGAAUUGGAGACACCUGGAGCAAGAAGGACAACCGUGGAAACUUGCUUCAGUGCGUCUGUACCGGUAACGGCAGAGGCGAAUGGAAAUGCGAAAGACAUACGGCCCUGCAUACGACUAGCACUGGAUCUGGCUCUCCUAGCUUCACAAACGUGCAGACUGCCUUGUACCAGCCCCAGCCACAACAGCCCCAGCCUCAGCCAUACGGCCAGUGCAUCACUGAUAACGGGGUGGUGUACUCUCUGGGUAUGCAGUGGCUCAAGACACAGGGCAGCCAGCAAAUGCUUUGUACCUGCCUGGGCAAUGGAGUCAGCUGCCAGGAAAUAGCCGUGACCCAAACGUAUGGUGGCAAUUCUGAUGGAGAAGCUUGUGUUCUGCCUUUCACCUAUGAUGGGAGGACUUUCUAUUCCUGCACCACUGAAGGCCGCACGGAUGGGCACCUCUGGUGCAGCACCACUUCCAACUUCGAGCAGGACAGGAGAUACUCCUUCUGUACUGAGCAGAACGUUCUGGUCCAGACACGUGGUGGCAAUUCCAAUGGUGCUUUGUGCCAUUUCCCCUUCUUGUACAACAACCGCAACUACACUGACUGUACUUCUGAGGGACGGAGGGACAACAUGAAGUGGUGUGGAACCACUGAGAACUACGACGCUGACCAGAAGUUUGGGUUCUGCCCUAUGGCUGCCCAUGAGGAAAUCUGCACAACCAACGAUGGUGUCAUGUACCGUGUUGGGGACCAGUGGGAUAAGCAACACGACAUGGGCCAUAUGAUGAGAUGUACUUGUGUAGGAAACGGCCGCGGAGAAUGGACUUGCAUUGCCUAUUCCCAGCUCAGAGACCAGUGCAUCGUGGACGGAAUUACCUAUGAUGUGAACCAGACCUUCCACAAGCGGCAUGAUGAGGGGCACAUGCUGAACUGCACAUGCUUCGGCCAGGGCCGGGGGAGAUGGAAAUGCGAUCCUGUUGAUCAGUGCCAGGAUUCAGAAACCCGUACCUUUUACCAAAUUGGAGAUUCGUGGGAGAAGUACGUCCAUGGUGUCAGAUACCAGUGCUAUUGCUAUGGUCGUGGUAUUGGAGAGUGGCAUUGCCAGCCCCUGCAGACCUAUCCUGGAUCAACUGGGCCUGUUCAGGUGAUCAUCACAGAGAGUACAAAUCAGCCAAAUUCCCAUCCCAUCCAGUGGAAUGCUCCUGAACGAUCUCACAUCACCAAGUACAUCUUGCGCUGGAGACCGAAAAACUCUGCAAGGCAGUGGAAGGAAGCCACUGUCCCUGGCUACCAGAACUCCUACACCAUCUCAGGCCUGAAGCCUGGUGUGAUAUACGAAGGCCAGCUUAUCAGUGUUCAGCGGUAUGGCCAUAAAGAAGUCACACGUUUUGAUUUUACCACAACCAGCACCACAGCAGUGACAAGCAACACUGUUUCAGGAGAGACAACUCUUCUUCCUCCCAUGGUUGCUACUUCGGAAUCAGUCACUGAAAUCACAUCCAACAGCUUUGUUGUCUCCUGGGUUUCUGCUUCUGACACAGUUUCUGGAUUUCGUGUUGAGUAUGAGCUGAGCGAGGAGGGUGAUGAGCCACAGUAUCUUGAUCUUCCAAGCACAGCCACAUCUGUCAACAUCCCUGACUUGCUUCCUGGUCGCAAGUAUAUUGUUAACGUCUAUCAGAUCUCUGAAGAAGGCGAGCAGAAUCUGAUCCUGUCUACUUCACAGACUACAGCUCCUGAUGCACCUCCUGAUCACACCGUGGAAAGUGUAGAUGACACAUCAAUUGUCAUUAGCUGGAGCAGACCACAGGCUCCGAUCACAGGCUACAGAAUUAUCUACACACCCUCUGUGGAAGGCAGCAGCACAGAGCUCAACCUGCCUGACACUGCAACCUCUGUAACGCUCAGUGACUUGAUGCCGGGUGUUCAGUACAACAUCAGUAUCUACGCAGUGGAAGAAAACCAGGAGAGCACCCCGAUCUUCAUCCAGCAGGAAACCACAGGCGUCCCACGCACAGAUGAAGUUCCUUCACCCAGAGAUCUGCAGUUUGUGGAGGUGUCUGAUAUCAAGAUCACCAUCAUGUGGACCCCCCCACAGAGCCAAGUGUCUGGCUAUCGAGUGGAAGUGAUCCCUGUCAACCGCCCUGGCCAACACGGCCAGAGGCUGCCUGUCACCAGGAGCUCUUUCGCUGAAGUCAUUGACCUGCUCCCGGGAACAACCUAUCUCUUUAAGAUCUUUGCCGUGAGCCAGGGCAGGGAGAGCAAACCUUUGACUGGAGAGCAAACCACCAAGCUUGAUGCCCCCACCAACCUGAGGUUUCUCAACACCACGGAGCAUUCGGUGUUAGUGUUGUGGACGCGGCCUCGUGCCGUGAUCACAGGAUACCGGCUGACUGCAGGUCCCACAAGAGGAGGUCAACCAAGGACCUACAAUGUUGGACCUUCUGCCACCAAGUACCUUCUCAGGAACUUGCAGCCUGGCACUGAGUACACCGUGUACCUCGUGGCAGUUAAAGACGACCUGCAGAGUGCCAGAGAGACUGGAGUCUUCACAACUUAUCAGCCUGUGGGCUCCGUUCCUCCUUUUAACACAGAGGUGACUGAGACUUCGAUUGUCAUCACCUGGACGCCUGCCCCAAGGAUUGGUUUCAAGCUGGGUGUGCGCCCGAGUCAAGGUGGAGAGGCUCCCCGGGAGGUCAUCUCUGAUUCUGGCAGCAUCGUGAUAUCUGGCCUGACCCCUGGAGUGGAGUACACGUACAGCCUCACAGUCCUGAUGGACGGCCAGGAGAGAGAGACUCCCAUCAUCAGGAGAGUGACCACACCAUUGUCUCCGCCAACCAACCUGCGCCUGGAGCCCAAUCCUGAUACUGGGAUCUUGAUAGUCUCUUGGGACAGAAGCACAACUCCAGGCAUCACUGGGUACCGAGUGACCACUGCUCCUACCAACGGGCAGCAGGGCUCUACCUUGGAGGAAGUAGUAGGUGCAGAUCAGACCACCUGCACCUUUGAAAACCUAAACCCUGGUGUGGAGUACAACGUCAGUGUUUACUCAGUCAAGGACAACCAGGAGAGCAUCCCCAUCUCUGAAACCGUCACACCAGAGGUGCCCCAACUCACUGACCUAAGCUUUGUUGACAUAACUGACUCGAGCAUCGGCCUGAGGUGGACCCCGCUAAAUGCCUCCACCAUUAUUGGUUACCGCAUCACAGUAGUUGCGGCAGGAGAAAGUGUCCCCAUUUUUGAAGAUUUUGUGGACUCCUCAGUAGGAUACUACACAGUCACAGGCUUGGAGCCGGGCAUUGAUUACGACAUCAGUGUAAUCACACUCAUUAAUGGCGGAGAGAGCGCCCCUACCACUCUGACACAGCAAACGGCUGUGCCUCCUCCCACUGAUCUCCGCUUCACUAACGUGGGGCCUGAUACUAUGAGAGUUACUUGGACUGCACCAACUUCCAUCAUGCUGAGCAGUUUCUUGGUGCGCUACUCGCCUGUGAAGAAGGAGGAAGAUGUGGCAGAGCUGACAAUUUCACCCUCGGACAAUGUGGUGGUGUUAACGAAUCUGCUUCCUGGUACUGAAUAUCUGGUGAGAGUCUACAGUGUUUCUGAGCAACACGAGAGUGCGCCUUUGUCUGGAAUCCAGAAAACAGGUCUUGAUUCCCCUACUGGCCUUGACUUCUCGGAUAUAACGGCUAACUCUUUCACCGUCCACUGGAUUGCUCCUCGUGCCACCAUUACGGGCUACAAAAUCCGACAUCACCCAGAGCAUGGUGGUGGCAGGCCCAAGGAGGACCGCGUGCCACCCUCACGAAACUCCAUCACCCUUACCAACCUGCUUCCAGGGACUGAGUACGUGGUCAGCAUCAUAGCCAUCAACGGCAGGGAGGAGAGCGUGCCCUUGGUUGGCCAACAAACAACAGUGUCUGAUGUUCCAAGGGACCUGGAAGUCACCCCAUCCAGCCCAACUAGCCUUGUGAUUUCCUGGGAUGCUCCUGCAGUGACAGUCAGAUACUACCGGAUCACUUACGGUGAAACAGGUGGAAACAGCCCUGUGCAGGAGUUUACAGUGCCUGGCACUAUGUCAACUGCUACCAUCACUGGCCUCAAACCCGGCGUAGACUACACCAUCACCGUGUAUGCUGUAACUGGCCGUGGAGACAGCCCUGCCAGUAGCAAGCCAGUCUCUGUCACCUACAGAACAGAAAUAGACACACCAUCCCAGAUGCAAGUUACCGAUGUCCAGGACAACAGUAUCAGCAUCAGAUGGCUCCCUUCAACAUCCCCUGUCACAGGGUACCGGGUGACAGCUGUCCCCAAGAAAGGACACGGGCCCACAAAAACUAAAAAUGUCCCUGCAGAUCAAACACAAGUCACUAUUGAAGGUCUGCAGCCCACGGUUGAGUAUAUGGUCAGUGUCUAUGCUCAGAAUCAGAAUGGAGAGAGCCUCCCCUUGGUGGAGACAGCUGUCACCAACAUUGACCGCCCUAAAGGACUAACAUUCACUGAGGUGGAUGUUGAUUCCAUCAAAAUUGCUUGGGAAAGCCCGCAGGGGCAAGUCACCAGGUACAGGGUGACCUACUCAAGCCCUGAGGAUGGAAUCCAUGAGCUAUUGCCGGCCCCAGGUGGUGAAGAAGACACUGCUGAGCUGCAUGGCCUCAGGCCAGGUUCUGAGUACACUAUCAAUAUCGUUGCCAUUUACGAUGACAUGGAGAGCCUGCCCCUCACUGGGACCCAGUCCACAGCGAUUCCACCUCCUACAAACCUGAAGUUUACUCAGGUAACUCCCACCAGCCUUACCGUCAACUGGAACGCACCAAACGUUCGCCUCACUGGCUACAGAGUCAGAGUGAACCCCAAAGAAAAGACUGGUCCUAUGAAAGAAAUCAACCUUUCUCCGGACAGUACAUCUGCUGUCGUGUCAGGAUUAAUGGUAGCAACCAAGUAUGAAGUGAGCGUCUAUGCCCUGAAGGACUCUUUGACCAGCCGCCCGGCCCAGGGAGUGGUCACCACCCUUGAAAAUGUUAGUCCCCCUCGCAGGGCCCGUGUGACUGAUGCCACCGAGACAACCAUCACCAUAACCUGGAGGACUAAGACUGAGACCAUUACUGGCUUCCAAGUUGAUGCCGUCCCAGCGAGUGGCCAGAACCCCAUUCAAAGGACCAUCAGCCCCGAUGUUCGGAGUUACACUAUCACUGGCUUGCAACCUGGCACCGACUACAAGAUCUACCUUUACACUCUGAACGAGAAUGCACGCAGUUCCCCAGUAGUGAUUGAUGCCUCCACAGCUAUCGAUGCUCCAUCUAACCUGCGCUUCCUUACGACGACAAGCAACUCCCUCCUGGCUACCUGGCAGCCUCCACGAGCCAAGAUCACAGGCUACAUCAUCAGAUAUGAGAAACCUGGCUCGCCAGCCAAGGAGGUUCUGCCUCGUCCUCGGCCCGGCACCACGGAAGCUACUAUUACUGGUUUGGAACCAGGAACUGAAUACAUCCUCUACAUCAUCGCUGUGAAGAACAAUCAAAAGAGCGAACCACUUGUUGGCAGAAAAAGGACAGAUGAGCUUCCCACGUUGAUUACCAGACCGCACCCCAACCAACCUGACAUUCUCGACGUACCUUCCAUUGACGACGGGACCCCUUACCUCACAAACAAUAGGUAUGACAAUGGGAACGGUAUCCAACUUCCAGGCACCUCUGGGCACCCGCAGACAAUAGGACACCAGGGCCAACAAGUCUUCUUUGAGGAGCACGGCUACAGACGGCCUGUGCCCACUACAGCAACUCCCCUUAGGCCGGGGUCAAGGAGGCAACCACCGAACGUAGACGAAGCGAUUGAAAUCCCCGGGUACCAAGUGCCUAUCAUAGUCGAACCUUCGUACCCACACUCCCGUGGGCCCAGGCGCAACGACACCACAGGUCAAGAAGCUCUUUCUCAGACAACUAUCUCUUGGAGGCCGUUGCUGGAGAGCUCCGAAUACAUCAUCUCCUGUCAGCCAGUCAGCCAGGAUGAAGAUACUCUGCAGUUCAGGGUUCCUGGAACUUCCUCCAGUGCUACACUCACUGGUCUUACAAGAGGGGCCACCUACAACAUUAUAGUGGAAGCCCUGAAAGAUCACCGGAGACAAAAGGUGCUGGAGGAGGUGGUCACAGUUGGCAACACUGUGUCUGAAAGAAUAAACCAGCCGGCUGAUGACACCUGCUUCGAUACUUACACUGGCUCCUUCUAUUCCAUUGGCGAGGAAUGGGAGCGGUUAUCUGAAACUGGCUUUAAACUCUGGUGCCAGUGCUUAGGCUUUGGCAGUGGUCAUUUCAGAUGUGAUUCUUCUAAGUGGUGCCACGAUAAUGGUGUAAACUAUAAGAUUGGGGAGAAGUGGGACCGGCAAGGGGAGAAUGGCCAGAUGAUGAGCUGCACCUGCCUUGGAAAUGGGAAAGGAGAAUUCAAGUGUGAACCUCAUGAGACCACGUGCUACGAUGAUGGGAAGAUGUACCAGGUUGGAGAGCAGUGGCAGAAGGAGUACUUCGGGGCCAUCUGCUCCUGCACUUGUUACGGGGGACAGCAGGGCUGGCGUUGUGACAACUGCCGCAGACCCAGCGUGGAGGUGGCCCCCGAGGGCUCUGCUGGCCAUACCUACACACAGUUUACACAGAGAUACCACCAGGCGACAAACACCAACGUCAACUGCCCCAUUGAGUGUUUCAUGCCCCUAGAUGUACAGGCAGACACACAACAUCCACGGGGAAAGUAACAUCCAGCAAGACUUCUUGCGGCACUGGCAACAGGCAAACCAAAGCAUAAUUACCUAUCUGCCACGAUUACCAUCCAAACUGGAGUGAUGCUAGCAAAACUGCAUCUUUUGAGAAUGGCCCCCUGCUCUGGAGCCAUUUUCCCAGCUUAAGCUCAACUCACAGCUUCUCCAAGCGCCACUCUUGGAGUGUUUCAGACUUUUCUCGUGAUUGAUAGCAAUUUGUCUUGUUUUUUGCUCAAAGUGUUGACUACCAGUCAGUAUUUUCAAAUCUAAAGGAAACAGUGGGGAGAUGCUAAAUCACAAAUUGGUGGGGGGAUCAAAAUGUUAAGGGUGGGGGGGGGGGGGGAGAAAUUCAAGGUUCCCGUGCUAUGCAAAGAACAUGUGAGUACAACAUUACUGAAGUUUAGAGAUAGGAAAGUCCACCGAACACUUCUGCUUUCACAUAAGCGUGCAGCCAGCAAUAAGAUAGGAACAGCAAAUCCAAUCACUGUGAUAUUUAAAAUAUGCACAGUCUUAAUUCUUUCUCAAUGAUCCUAGUAUUUUUUCUAGCUGUAUCUUUAUAUCUCAUACUGUUAUUUAUCAGUUUUGUUCCCCUGACCUUCAAGUGUUUUUAUAUGGGAAUAAAAUGUAUUGAAGACACUUAGUAUGCAGUUGACAAAGAGGAAUUUGGUGUAAUUAUGAUCAGUGAUUAUUUUUAUACUUUAAAUGCCAAAGCUUUACUACUGUGGAAAAGAAAAAAACACAACUCUUUUAAUAAAAAGAUUUACAAACCAG